UUCAAACAAAAAAGAAAAAUUAUAUAUAAAAAAAAAAUUCUUUGUUUCUCUUCUUUUUUGUAUUUUCUCUCUGUCGUUUCGUUCCGUUCAUCUUUGAUCUCCGUGUUGAAGUUGUAACAUCAAUAUUCGUGAGAAAAAGAAGAAGAUAUAUAGUAUAUAAGAUGGGUUUUCUUCACAAGCUUUGGGACGAAACGUUGGCGGGUCCCACACCCGAAACGGGUCUGGGCAAGCUCCGAAAGUUUAACAACUCAUCCGCCGGCGGCCCAGCGGUGGCGGAGGAUGUUCCGAUCAGCCGCAGCAUCACCAUUAUUCGGACUCACUCUGGUUUGGGAAGCACCUCAACCUCUGCUCCUGCCUCUCCUUCUUCUGUGCCGGACACCCCUUGCACCCCCUUCUCUCCGGAGGCGCCGGGCGGUGGUGUCAAGAAGUUCACGAGGAGAAAAUCGUCAACGGUGGAGGGUGCUGAAAAUAGAAGUCCGACGAUUUACGAUUGGUUCUCUGGGUGAUCAUGAGCGCUUUGGAUCGCUACUGAGAGUGGAAAUGAGAUGUUUUGCUUUUGAACUGACUUGAAUAUCAUCCCGCAGAGGCAGAGAGGGAUUACGUUUUCUGUACAUACAGCAACACUGAUUUCAAUUUCCCUAGGGAAUCAUGUUAUUUUAUUCAUUGCACCUUAUUACUAUGUACAUAUUAUAUGGUAUGAAGUAUACGAAUACAUCAGUACUACCUGCUUAUAAAAUGGCUCAGGUGAUUUGCAGGGUGUAUCCACCAGAUUGAGUCAGUGCUUCAUGGGAUUCCAAGGUUGUGAAAGAGUAGAAAACCAGCUUUUGUAUAUAUGUUUUUUUUUUCCUUUUGAUUUCUUGGCUGUUGUAAAUAUGACUUUUGUACUCUCAGAUCUCUAUUGGUGAACUCAAUGAAGGUUGAAAAUAGUUAUUGUAUAUAAAUGAAUAUAUGUUUCUGCUUUUUUAUA